GCUCUCUUCAGGACGGCAGGAGGAAACCUGUGUCUGAAGGACGACAAUCAGGAAACAACUUCCCGGAGUUAUAUCACUUUUAUACGUUGGAUUAAGAAGAGACAUCUGGAGACGAGUGGGUUGGACGUCAGGGUAAAAGCUUCCAGCUGUGAUCUGCUUCUCGUGAGUGCCUGAACUCACUGCAGGUGGAAAACGACUUUAUUUCCCUGAGAGGUCGAGGAAAACGUUCCCGUAUUUGACCCCUGACCUCCGCAGCACCUGCUCCUCAGGGUUCACAUCUUCACGGUGAGGACACAGCUUCCAUUUGGGAUCUGGUUCGUCUUCAUUCAGGAUCUGAGUUUCUCUCCUGCGGCUUCGGCUGAGGGGCGAGGGAGAUCUGAGGGUGAGGAGGGUUUCUCCUUUAAGAUUAGAGAAGGAGCGAGGGAGGCAGAGAGGGGGGGGAAGGUAAACAGUCAGUUUGAGGCUGUAAACACGUCCCGUCCAGAAUCUGUCCUCUAAACACAUCCGGGCUGAAUCAACGCAGAAGCAGCCUGAGGACAAACUGGACACAUCUGAGGUCCCAGCCUGGAUUCACAGGAGGAAUCGAACCUGAAUCAAGUCCUGGUUCCAGAGCAGGAGCCAGAGUCAUGGCCUCAGACGUCUCCUGCAGCUUCUCCUGCCUCUGCACCAGAAUGAAGAGGCAGCACUCGAGCAUCAGCGGCGGCCUCCUCCUCCACCGCAGGACCCUGCUCCUCCUCCCCCUGCUCCUCCUGCUCUCCCUGUGGAGCCAGCAGGCCGAGGCCGUGGUCCACUCCAGCUUCCGGCGGCUCAGCGGCCGCGAGAAGAAGGAGAUGCAGAAGGAGAUCCUGUCCAUCCUGGGUCUGCCCGGUCGACCCCGCCCCCACCCCCCGCUGCGUCCCCCCUCCUCCGCCCCGCUCUUCAUGCUGGACCUGUACCACGCCAUGUCGGCGGACGGGGAGGACGACGGGAACGAGAUCAUCCUGAGCGCGGCGGGCACGGGGAGGUUCGGGGGGGCAGAGAGGUUGGCUCAGGUCAACCACGCGGCCCUGCCGACCCUCAGCACGCACACCCCCCCGCUGGGGACGGUGGUGAGCGAGGCCGACACCGUGAUGAGCUUCGUCAACGUGGUGGAGCAGGAGCGGGACCUCCUGCAGCCUCGCCCCUACUGGAAGGAGUUCCGGUUCGACCUCACCCCCCUCCCUCAGGGGGAGACGGUGACAGCAGCCGAGUUCCGGAUCUACAAAACCCUGACGAUGGGUCAGAGGGCGAAUCGGACGUUGCACAUCUCGGUGUACGAGAUCCAGAGAGAGAACAGACACAGGGAGCCGGAGCUGGUGCUGCUGGACAUGCAGUCGGUGCCCGCGGGCCAGGAGGGCUGGCUGGCCUUCGACGUCACCACGGCCUCCAACCACUGGCUCCUCCACCCGCGCAGCAACCUGGGGAUCCGCCUGUACGUGGAGACGGAGGAGGACCGCUCCCUGUCCGCGGGCUGGAUCGGCCUGGUGGGCCGCCGGGGCCCUCGCUCCAAGCAGCCCUUCAUGGUGACCUUCUUCAGGGAGAGCCAGGUCCCGUGCCGGCCCCCCCGAGCCGUCAAGCCUCACCCCCGCAGGAAGAAACCCAAAUACGACCUCCCAGUUCCCAGUAUCCACAAUCGGAGUCCGGCCAACAGCGGGGGUCAGCCGUGUAAGAAGCACGAGCUGUACGUCAGCUUCAGUGACCUGGGAUGGAAGGACUGGGUUCUGGCUCCGACUGGAUAUUCGGCCUACUACUGUGACGGAGAGUGUUUCUAUCCUCUGGGCUCCUGCAUGAACGCCACCAACCACGCUCUCAUCCAGCAGGUGGUUCACCUCCUGAAGCCGGAUGAGGUCCCGAAGGCGUGUUGUGCUCCCACUAAGCUCAGCCCGAUCUCCGUCCUCUUCUACGACGACAACAACAACGUGAUCCUCAAGAAGCAUCGAAACAUGGUGGUGAAGACCUGCGGGUGUCUAUGAUGACAGGGGAACUCAAACCAGUCACACGCUGGUUCCACUGUACUGAGACCACUUUGUCUCCCACAGAGUUUUUACUGAAAAGCUUUAAAUCUUUUUUGUACCACAUUUUCCAGACUGAGGAAAUUUGUUUAUGUUGAGAAUGUUUAUUUUUCAAUCCGUCCUGUGGCUGAAUCUCAAUCUUUGACUCUAAAGCUGUCGGCUCUUUGUUUGGAGCAAAGCUUGAAUGAUGGAGGACGUUUAAAAGCACAAAUGUUAAACUGCAUUAAACUUUAGAAUCUUCUUCCUCUUCCUCACCUGGAGACAAACUCUCACACAUGUUUUUACAGGUUUCAGUGACUCAGAUGGCAAAUGAUGUUUAAUGGCUCCACACGCCGUUAGUGAUGCCUGGUUUGUUUUUGUUGUUUUCAACAUGAAUUUAUAAGAAGAGAAUUUUAAAAAUGUAUUCAAUGAAUAGAGAUAUUUACCUCAUCUUCACCUGUGGAAACAGAAACUAA